AGUUUGGUUUUGUUUUGCCAGCAGGGCUGGGUCAUUCAAAAACAGGUCUUUUUCCUUGAAUCCGCGGAGCGUUGAAACACAACGCCACACACCAGCACUCUUUAUUACUGCUUGGGGUCUCGAAGAGGGGCAAGUCAGACACCCUUCAAGCCAGAUUCAGUUACACCGCUGUAGAAAGAAAAGGGGAGGGCGAGAGAGAGAGAAAGAGAGUGAGAGAGACCGAAUCAAACCAGGUUUUGUAGUUUAAGCCAGUGGAGCAGGAGGGCGAGAGGAAGAGGACGAAGGACAUCCAAGGGACAGUGAGUUACUGGGGAGUCCCACCUCCAGGGAGGGAGGGCAGUGUUAACUCUGUACUCCGUGUCGGAUGAGGUGCAUCUCAGCCUUACAGUACCAAGAAAGACAACUACAUCAUGUGGACGAUCGCCCAGGUGCCUGAGGAAAGCACUAGACCCUUGAAUUCCCGGCAGCCAGUGGUUCCACAGCCAGGCCGCCACAGAAGGCCCAUGACGGCUCCAAAGACUCAGAAAGACAAGGCGUCUAAGAGGAAGAAAGUGUUGCUGACUGUCCUUACAGUUGUGAUUUUACUGGGCAUACUGGUCACUGCAGCAUACUUCAUUAAGCAGCUGGUUGAUAGCAAAUUCUUCUUCUGCAAGCGUUCAGUGAAGUUCAUCCCAAUAGACAAAGCCUGUGACGGGAAUGACGACUGUACCGGAGGAGAGGAUGAAAUCACAUGUCUGUCGAGCUUUAAGGUCAACACUACCUUUCCAGUGCGUCUCAUGACGGGGCUGCAGGUCCUGCAGGUGUACAGUCCUGGCCCAGGUUGGCGGAGUGUGUGUAGCGACGGCUGGACGGAGAAGCACACGCAGACGGCAUGCAAACAGCUGGGCUACACAAAUAAACCUCAGAGCACCAGUGUCCCGCUGGGCACUUUGACGUCUCCUUUGAAAAGGGGACCAUUCACAGCCAUCAGGCCUGGGACUGAGAAGACACCCAUACAUCAAGCUACCAUAGACCGCAGUGCGUGCAGAUCUGGAUCUGUGGUUUCUUUGUCCUGUUCAGACUGUGGACAGGCGGGCUCUCAGGACCGUAUUGUCGGGGGCACGAAUGCUGUCAUUGAGGACUGGCCCUGGCAGGUUAGCCUGCAGCAAGGAGGCCAACAUACAUGUGGAGGCUCACUGGUGUCACCGCGUUGGGUUGUCACCGCAGCCCACUGCUUUUCUGGCAGUAAAAAGGAGCUGGGUCGCUGGAGGGUGGUGUCAGGUCGGACAUACAUGGGCACACUCGGAGGUUCCUAUGUGGACAGGAUCAUACUGAAUGGAGACUACAAUCCACAACGAAACGACUACGACAUUGCACUGAUGAGACUCAGCAGCCCGAUCUCAGUGGGAGUGGCCCGCAAGCCAGUUUGUCUACCUCCUAAAGCCUUCGGCCUUCCUUCCAAAGCCAACAUGGCUGUGACUGGCUGGGGAUACCUUGAGGAAAACGGUAAAGUUUCUCCUUCACUUCAGAAGGCCUCCAUCCCUCUGGUAGACCGGGCCAAGUGCUCCAGCCCAGCAAUAUAUGGUAGUGCCAUAACCCAAAGGAUGAUCUGUGCUGGUUUACUGGAGGGGGGAGUGGAUGCCUGCCAGGGGGACAGCGGGGGUCCUUUGGUGUACUUCACCUCCGCUAAGUGGCAUCUGGUUGGAGUGGUGAGCUGGGGCGUCGGCUGUGCUCGGAAGGGAAGGCCAGGUGUCUACUGCAACGUUGAAGAGUUGCUAAACUGGAUUCAUACAGUCAUUGAGAAAAACCCCUGAGGUCUUUCAUCAUAACGAGCAGCCACCUCAAGACUCCAGUCCGGUCUGCCUCGGACAGCCCGCGAAACUAAAAGAAAGCUUAAGUUUCAACGUGGUUGACAGAACAUGAGGAUACAGGAGGAGAGAAAGGGGAAGUUGAAGAUGGAUCCCAGCAGAAACACAGAUGAACUGUUAAACACAGCCAUAUGCAAAAACACUACACACACACACACACACACAUUUCAUACACAACGUAUUUCACGUGUUGUUUGUGCCAUUUCAGGUUUUUAUCUCAGGGGACAAGUAUAUUUAUGUUGUUAUGUGUCGCUGGCCGGUCUGGGGAUUUUUUAGCUUUUACAGUGUUGUAAUUUGACCGACUCAAUUCACUGAUUCAUGCAUUUUAAAAACAAGAAUAUCAAAGUCAUUGACAUGAAGACUUAGCAAUAACUGUACAAACUGUGAAGAUGUUGGACAUUACCAGACUGGCAGACCUCAGACAUAAUGUACUUGAUUACUAUGUGCUAUAACGUUAGGUGUGCACUGUGUUACGAGGGUUCAUAUGGUAAACUGCUAUCUAAAGAAAGGUGACAGACAUGGUGAACCUGUCUAUUAUGCUACUGCCAGCAGAAGUCAGUGUGAAGCUUCAGGUUAAUAUCACCAAUAUAAGCGAUGCCAAGGUCAGAGGUUUAAUGCAUCUAUGGUGCUGAUUCAGUUGAUCUGAUGCGUGUCGCGAUUAAAGGGGAAAUGCACCUUUUUUACAGCACAGAUGUGCUUCCUACCACAGAUUGAUUUACAUGAGCACUUUAAGUGGAAAGUGAGAAUUACUUGACCUUAACUGUAUGUGCAAAUGAUUCAAUACUAGUCUAAUAAUGCACUGAAGACUAAAACUCAAACCAUAUUCCGUCAUGUGUUCAUAGUGCCUCCACACUGAGUUUCAAAGUGCAAUCAGAUAUCCAGCGUGCCUUCAGAAAACUCCCACCAUGACCAGAAUAUAUAAUAUAUAAAUGUCAUUACCUAAAGUUUAAAAGUGAGCAACAGAGAUUAUAGUAUGUAAAUUUCUAAAAUGUGUGCACUCAGGCAAAACCCUAUAAUUACUUCCUCAUUUUAAAGUAAUCUGUAGCAAAGCAAAAGAAUACAUCUACCUGCAUUUUUGGUUUUAUUUAUCAUUCUCUUUGUCUAAGGAGACCAACACAAAAUUAGUAUAAAUUGGCACUUCUGAAUUUAAAAAAAUAAUAGCUAAAAUGUUGUAUUAUCCUGUAUGAUAUUAUGAAAUAGUUGGACAGGAAUAGCAUAUCUUUCAAGGUUUGGUGCGUGCCACGGUGGCUGAUUGCAUUUGACUGUAUAUAUGGUACAUUUUGUUGAUUUUUAUAUACCUGUAAAUAGGUUGUUGUAAAUAUAAUAAAGACAUUCCUCGUCAA